CUCAAGGUCGCUUUUCAUCCAAAUACACGAGGCACUUCACAAAGAUUGCCUAUCUGGUUACGGAUAACCUAUAUGUAAUCAACCUCAUCUUUAAUUCAUAAGAGUAUGCCAUAUAUCACAAGAGUAUCAUUCAACCUCUGCUUUUAAUCCGUUACCAUGAAAACUGAUUGCGACACCCGGGUUUAACCUUCCUGUUCCCCGGAGGCGGAGGACCCAGGCAGAACGGCCGCUCGAGUUCAUGUUCAACAACCUUUUCUUAAUGACAAGGUUGUUAUGCAGCAGGUAACAACCCUUGCCAGUGGUGUUUGUAUGCCACUGGUUGGACUUGGGACGUACAAGACACGUGGGAAAGACUUAAUCCAUUCCGUGGUAAAGGCAGCUCUACAAGCAGGAUACAGAGCUUUUGAUACAGCAGCAGUGUACAGGAAUGAAACUGAAAUAGGUGAUGCCCUCAAGCAGCUUUUACCUGAGUUUGGCCUGGAAAGGGAGGAUGUAUUUAUUACUUCAAAACUGAGUCCUCAAGAUCACGGGUUUGAAAGAAGUUUACAAGCAUUUUUGUUUAGUCUGAGUAACCUGCAGCUGACCUACCCGACCGUAUUUAUCCCCUGGCCGGGGUGCAGAAAAAUAAAACUAUCAGAUGAUGCCUUGAAUCAGUAUCUAAGAGGGCAGAGUUGGAGGCCCUUAGAGAGCAUCCACAAGAGUGGAAAAGUACGUGCUAUUGGAGUUUCAAACUACACUGUUGGCCACCUCGAGGAUUUACUCAAAACUGCUGCAGUUGUGCCGCAUGUAAAUCAGGUUGAAUAUCAUCCACAUUACCUCCAGAAGGGCUUGAAAAAGUUUUGUGAUCUCAAGGGCAUCCACCUGCAGGCUUACUCCUCCCUAGGGACAACUGUAGAGGUGAGCCCACUCCUGCAGGAUCCCACAGUGCUACGUAUAGCAAGCAGGUUGUCUCGAUCUCCUGCCCAAGUCCUGUUGCGUUGGGCUACCCAGCAGGGUGUCAGUGUGUUACCCAAAUCCACCAACACCAGCCACAUAGCUGAGAAUAUCCAACUGGGCUUCAAUCUGACAGCAGAGGAUCUUGCAGAGCUUUCUGGUCUCAGUACAAGCCAGAAAUACGCUUGGGAUCCUUCCACUGUUCAUUGAAAAAAACAACAGAAACAAAAAGAAAACUUCCUGCUGUG